AGUCGCAGAUUUGAAUUUAAAAGGGACAGGUCGGGGCGAGGGUCUCUGGUGGCGCUGGAGGCUGGGACCUGGUGGCGGAAUAUUGAGGGGUUUAGAGUGUGUAUUUUGGGGAAGGUGGAGGUGAUUUCCGCCACACCCCGCCCCUGCGCGGUCCGCCCCGCCUUCCCUCCUGUACCUUUCCCUCUCUCGCGCUGGAACCUGACAGAACCUGAGAAGAAGAAGUUAUCUCGGAUGGAGAAGGACAAUAUGGAAUUGAAGAUGCCCCCAGACAAGGCCUCAUCUUCACAAUUGCCUGUCCUAGGCCUUAGUGCAAAGAGAGGAUUAGAUAAAGAGAAUGUUCCUGAGCCCAAAAAGAAGCGGGCUCGAGGUCCUGGAACUGCAGCAACCAUUGCCAUCUCUCAUCCCAGGGUCCCUACUAUGGCUACUAUGCCCAGGGUUAAAAAACAGGAAGCAGCUCAAAAAGCUACCCUGAAAUCAGGACCUUGGCAUACUACAGCUGCCAACACAGGCAUAAAGAGUAGGAAGCCAAUUUCUGCUGUCUCUGCACCAAAACCUGCAGUGGACCCUACAACCACAAGGAAGGGACCUAGCAAGCGUCCAGCCUGGGAUGUGAAGGGACAGCUGUGUGACUUACGUAAGGAAUUCAGUGCCUGCCAAGAACAGACUGAGGUUCUAACCAGGGAAAAUCGGGAACUGAGGAAUCAGCUUGGGGAGGCUGAACAACAUACCAAAACUCUGAAUGCUGAAAAUAAGGCACUGAAGGCUGAGAACAAGGCAUUGAGUGGGGAGUUGUCUGAGGUUCAGGUCCAGGCUAAGCAAGACCAGCUGGAGUUGGUGAAGCUGGGUGCCCGGGUCCUGGAGUUAGAGGAACUUUUGCAUAAUCAAGAGGGUCUCAUUCAGUCACUGCAAGAGGAGCAAUUAAGGUUGCAGGCGGAACGAAGGGAUCUGGUGAUCCAGCUAGAGGUACAGACGACACAACUCCAAGAGUCAACGGCAGCCCUGGCCAAGAGUCAGGCAGAGAUUAUAACACAGGCAGCCUUGCUGGCCGAGAGGACAGAACAUCUGCAUGGGCUUGAGAUGGAGCGGCGAUACCUGCACAACCAGCUGCAAGAGCUCAAGGGUAACAUCCGAGUCUUUUGCCGUGUCCGUCCUGCCCUACCUGGAGAGCUUGAACCACCUUCUGGUCUCAUUGUCUUUCCUCCUGGGCCUAAUGGGGCCUCAGACCCUCCCACCCGACUCAGUCUUACUCGGCCAUCUGAUGAUCGGUGUAGCAUCAUAGGAGGGUUGCCAGGUCCUCCUGUCCGCUAUGACUUCUCCUUUGACCGGGUGUUCCUACCAGGGAGCAGGCAGAAUGAGGUGUUUGAGGAAGUUUCCCUGCUUGUGCAGUCGGCCUUGGAUGGCUACCCUGUGUGCAUCUUUGCCUAUGGCCAGACAGGAAGUGGCAAGACAUUCACAAUGGAAGGAGGACCAGGGGGAGACCCUCAAGUUGAGGGAUUGAUCCCACGAGCUGUAAGACAUCUGUUUUCAGUAGCCAAGAAGCUGCAGGGCCAAGGCUGGAGCUACACCUUUGUGGCUAGCUAUGUGGAGAUCUACAACGAAACCAUCAGAGACCUGUUGGCCAGUGUGGGUGGGGCCCGAAAGUGCCAGGGGGGCGAGUGUGAGAUUCGACUGGCCGGCCCUGGGAGUAAGGAGCUCAUUGUUACCAAUGCUCGAUAUGUUCCUGUUACCUGCGAAGAGGAGGUGGAGUCCCUGCUCCAUCUGGCUCGUCAGAAUCGGGCAGUGGCUCGAACCACACAAAAUGAACAGUCAUCACGAAGUCACAGUGUGUUCCAGCUGCAGAUUUCAGGAAAACACAUGGGGCAGAACUUACACUGUGCAGCCCCUCUCAGCCUGGUAGACCUAGCUGGAAGUGAAAGACUGGACCCUGGCUUGUCUGCUGGCCCUGCAGAGCGGGAACGACUGAAAGAGACACAGGCCAUUAACAGUAGCCUCUCUACUCUGGGCCUUGUCAUUAUGGCCCUGAGCAAUAAGGAGCCACAUGUACCAUACCGGAACAGCAAGCUCACAUACCUGCUGCAGAAUUCUCUGGGGGGCAGUGCCAAAAUGCUUAUGUUUGUGAAUAUCUCCCCUUUGGAAGAAAACUUCUCAGAGUCCCUCAACUCACUUCGAUUUGCUUCUAAGGUAAACCAGUGUAUUAUUGGCACUGCUCGAUCCAACAAGAAAUAGAGGGGCCAGUCUUUGUGAGCUCUCUGUAUGUGGUUUUUAUGUAUGUGUAAAUUCAAGGUGGGAUAUGUAAGGAAUUAAGAGUGACAACUGGGUUUCUACAACUAGUUUUAUAAACGGAUAAAUAACAAAAUAAAGAUAUGCUGUCAGAGGAA